UAUGAUCCUAUGAUGUGUUUGGGUGUUGAGGAAGUAUAAGCUGUGAUGGAAACUGUCCCUCCAGUUCAUGUAUGUUGUAGACAAUCCUGUCCCUCCAGUUUGGGUGUGAUAUUAUUUAGUGUAUCUUGGCUGUUCAGUAAUUCCAGUGAAUUGUCGCCGGAGUAACACUAAAAGGGGUAUAAUAUUGCUCGACUGCUACAUGAACGAGUCAUUGGUCAAUCCGGCUCAAUAUGACUCCGUCGUCCAAUCAGCAACGAGUCCCUAAAUCCACUCUCUUUGUGCAGCCAAUGAGAUGAAGGAAACGGUCACCGCCCCUCGCUCGGGCCUGUAGCGUAGCGUGCUCAGGUUUUAGCCGGUGUUUGUCGAUUUCGUCCGGAAGCCACAUGCAAAAAUGUCCGCCGGCGUUAUGCUGAAGAGUUUACACAAACUUAGUCGGUACCCGUUGGCGGUGUUGAGGACGCCGUUAGUAGCUUCCUACCACACGGAGAGAGGUGUUUUUGGGUACAGACCGCGGAGAGGAAACUCCGAGGAGACGGACGCGGAGCUGCAGGAGCUGCUGAAUACACACUCCUCUCUCAAUCAAGACCAUGGCCUGGCACGAUUGGUGGAGGCCUAUCGCACACAUGGACACAAAGCUGCUAAAAUUAACCCUUUGAUGCCCAGCGCGCCCAUCCAGGACAAAGUGCCGGAGAUCACCAUCCUCAAUGGCAGCCUCCCAGGAACUCUUUGCACAUCUGGUUUGAGGCACUUUGGGAAAGCUGAGGCCAGGACAGAAGAAGUGGUUGCGUACCUGGAAGACACUUAUUGUGGAAGGAUGUCUGUGGAGACCAGCCAGCUGCAGAGUCUGGAGGAAAGAGUGUGGAUCACUGAUCGGUUUGAGGAGCUUAAGAAGGAGAGCUUCACCGCUGAAGAGAGGAGGCAGCUGGCAAAACUCAUGCUGGAAUCACAGGAAUUUGACCACUUUCUAGGCACCAAGUUUGCCACAGUGAAACGGUAUGGAGGAGAGGGAGCAGAGAGCAUGAUGGGAUUUUUCUUUGAGCUUUUCCAUUCAGCAGCAAAGAGUGGUGUAACAGAUGUGGUAAUGGGAAUGCCUCAUCGAGGACGUCUCAACUUGCUUACUGGCCUUUUGCGUUUCCCACCUGAGUUGAUGUUUCGAAAAAUGAGAGGUCUCAGUGAAUUCCCAGAGAACUCUCCUGCCAUCGGGGAUGUCCUCUCUCACCUCACAUCUUCUGUGUACCUGGAAAUGGGCACUGGCCAGCCUCUCCAUGUUACUAUGCUUCCCAACCCAUCCCAUCUGGAGGCCAUUAACCCUGUUACUCAGGGAAAAACACGUGGCCGACAGCAGGUCAAACAGGAUGGAGAUUAUUCCAACGACAGCCAUGCAAGGCCUGGAGAUAGAGUCAUUUGUUUACAGGUUCAUGGUGAUGCCUCAUUCUCUGGGCAAGGAAUUGUACCCGAAACAUUCACCCUGUCAAAUCUCCCUCACUUCAGAGUUGGUGGAAGCAUCCACCUUAUUGUGAACAAUCAAGUGGGCUAUACCACUCCCUCCGAGAGAGCCCGCUCAUCCUUCUACUGCAGUGAUAUUGGUAAGAUGGUCAGUUGUGCUGUGAUCCAUGUAAAUGGCGAUGACGCCGAAGAGGUUCUCAGAGCGACACGGUUAGCUGUGGAGUAUCAAAGGCGCUUCAGGAAGGAUGUUAUAGUCGACCUGCUGUGUUACCGACAAUGGGGUCACAAUGAGCUGGAUGAGCCAUUCUUCACAAACCCUGCCAUGUACAAAAUCAUCCGCUCAAGGAAGAGCAUCCCUGAUUCCUACACUGAUCAGCUGAUCUCAGAGGGAUUGAUGACGGAGGAAGAAAGCAGUCAGAUUAAAACAGCCCACCACUCCUUGCUCAGUGAUCGUUUGGCCAACAUGACUUUCUAUAGCCCUCCUCCCACCAACCUGCAGGGCCGCUGGGGAGAUCUGAUAGAGCCACAGAACAAAGUUUCAACCUGGGACACUGGUGUGGAUGUUCCCCUGCUUCAGUAUGUGGGAGCAAAGUCAGUUGAGAUCCCCAAGGAGAUCCAUGUGCACAGUCACCUUGUGAAAACACAUGUAAAGGCAAGACUACAAAAACUCGAAGCGGGUACUGCACUGGAUUGGUCCACUGCUGAGGCGCUGGCAUUUGGCACACUCCUCUGUCAGGGCUUUAACGUGCGGAUCAGUGGCCAGGAUGUUGGCCGUGGUACAUUUAGUCAACGUCAUGCCAUGGUUGUGUGCCAGGAGUCCAAUGACAUGUAUAUCCCACUCAAUCACAUUGACUCUCAACAAAAAGGUCAUCUAGAGGUGUGUAACAGUGCACUUUCUGAAGAAGCAGUGUUGGGUUUUGAGUACGGGAUGAGUAUUGAGGAGCCAAAUCUACUGCCCAUAUGGGAAGCUCAGUUUGGGGAUUUCUUUAAUGGGGCACAAAUCAUCUUUGACACGUUUAUCUCUGGAGGUGAGGCAAAGUGGUUGCUGCAGAGCGGCAUGGUCAUCCUACUUCCACACGGAUACGACGGAGCGGGCCCGGAGCACUCAUCCUGCCGCAUUGAGCGUUUCUUACAACUGUGUGACAGUAAGGAGGAAGGCAUUGAUGGUGAUACAGUAAAUAUGUCUGUAGUGAAUCCAACAACCCCGGCUCAGUACUUCCACCUGCUAAGGAGACAGAUGAUCCGAAACUUUCGCAAACCACUCAUUGUAGCAUCACCAAAAACACUGUUGCGUUUUUCUGGGGCAGUGUCGAGCUUGGAGGAAAUGGGAUCUGGAACUAACUUUAAGCCUGUAAUAGGUGACACCUCUGUAAAUCCUGAGAGUGUGCAGCGAGUGUUGCUUUGCUCGGGCAAGCACUAUUAUGCAUUGCUGAAACAAAGAGAGACAUUGCCCGAGGCAUGUAAGAACACAGCGCUGAUCAGAGUAGAGGAGCUUUGCCCUUUCCCCACAGACGCCCUACAGCAGGAAUUCUGCAAAUACAGCAAAGCCAAAGAGUUUAUCUGGAGCCAAGAAGAGCCACAAAACAUGGGAUCCUGGUUUUUUGUGUCUCCCCGAUUUGAAAAACAGCUUGGCCGUAAGCUGCGGUUGGUCAGUAGGCCCCCUCUGGCUGCCCCUGCUGUGGGCAUCGGUACUCUCCACCAUCAGCAGCAUGAGGCUAUCCUUACAGCCUCCUUCUCCUGAUACACAAAGCAUUAACCCAACUGGGCCCAGCACAGAACUUGGCAUACGGUACAGCUGCCACAGGGCACUUCUCCCAACCAGCAUCUGUGCCACAUUUUUACUGUGAUAGUUUUUACCAACAGUAUGUUCAUUUUUUUUCCUUUAUGUUUUACUGAUAUUAAGGGGGGUUAGAGUUCAGACUCUAAAUUUAGGUAUGUAGUAAUUAAGUACUUUUAUAAGUACAUUACAAUAGGUCUUGGUCAUUAUAAAGCUUUCUGCUCUGCACACCGACUAUAAGGUUUGUGACCUGAAAUGCAAGUAGAAUGUAAAUAAUCCGGGCCAAAUUCCACAACUCUUGUCCUGUUUUCAUUCCAAGUCGAGAUCUUUCUCAGUCUUUUACAGUUAAUCUAUUUAGUACAAAUUUUAUUAUUUUCUUUUCCUGGAACUAACCGUAUGGUAAAGUAAACAUGUUAAACAUGUACUUAAUACACUGCUACUUAGAACAAUACCAACAUAAAUAAGUUUAGUGGGACUGCUGAAACUUCACAUGAGACUCAGCUGAACUUUGGAAUGAGAACAGAACGAGGGUUGUGAAAUUUGGCCCCCAUUAUUUACAUUGUACUUGCAUUCCAGAUGACAGACUUCAUGGUCGGUUUGCAGAGCAGGAAAAGUUGACAACCAAGACCUGCUGUAAUGUACUUAUGUACCUUAAUCCUAAUUUAAGACAGAUUCGAAAAAUCCAGACUAUCCCUUAAAAACAAUGUUCAGAUCCACACUGAGAGUCAAAGGAAUCUAUGAUAGAUGAAGUAUCAAUUAAAUCAAUCAAUUAUAAUUUCUUGAAUAUGGGAAAAUUAUUUAGAGCCAUAUGGGAAUUUUCAGUUGCAGUGUUAGACGCACAAUUAGGAUCAAGCUUUGCUGAGAAAAUAAGACCCAGCAACCAUGCAUUUGUCCAGGUGCAAAGUAUUCAGAUUUAUCUCACAAUUAUCAACACUUUAAAAAACGCACAAAAAGGGAAACCGUUUCAAAUUACAGAAAGCAAUCCCCAUAACCCCAACAGAUUACAUUAAAGCCAGCUAAUUUGUCAAAUUUCGAAAUUGUCUUCCUAAAGUUUACAUAAUGAGAGUGAAUUGUUUAUUAGUAAAACACCCCCACACACAUAUAUAGAUAUAUAAUGAAGGGCUUCAUCAGUUUUUAAUGAUAGAAGGAUUUUUACUGCCAUGAUGUACAUGAUAUACUAUAUGUGCCUAAUAAAAUAUCAGAAGGACUGAUCACAUUAGAUUUAUUAUAUUUUACAAAUUACAUUAAUUAUUUGUUGAAAACAAAAAUGGCGCUAGAGUUUUAGACAGUUUGCUUUUUUGUUUAAAGUAUUUUACAUAUACGACCUGUAGGAUAACUUUUAACACCACAGACUUGAUUAAAUCUUAUAGUCUAUAUUGGGGUUUACUGGACAGUUUGAAAUGUACUCUCAGGAACAUGCACUCUGUAAUUACUCUGUAAUUCAUUUUCUUAGUAAAGCUGCUGUGAUUGUCCACCCUUUGACUUUCUUUCCCCUGUUCUCUGAGAACCACUGUUGUACAUUUAAGUUGAAAACAAUUAAAUAUAAUUUUGUGA